AUGAAUUCUUAUGCGCGUUUCUUCUGUGGAGACCAAUCAGGCCUGUCGUGGAUUGGAUGGAAUCGUCUCCGCGAUAAGCAGUUGUUUUUCGGUAGCCUCUUUUUCGCCACCUCCAUUUACGCUGCGGUGCACUAUUCGGAAGAAAAGGAACGGCGGCGGCGGCACGUGUCCAUUGAGAAUGACAUUGAGCGUGAGCGGUGGCGGGCGAAGGAAUUAGGUCUUGAAGAGCCUCGUGAUGACGGCUUUGCGGACGCAUACAUGAAAAAGUUGCGUGGCAGGCAAUGA